AUGAAUGCCCAAAGUAGUGAAUCCGUCGAGGGAUAUUCGUUAGAAAACAUCGAGUUAGAAUAUGAAUCCAUCGAAAAUAAUAAUCUCGCCCGGAAAUAUGAAAACUUAUAUGGAUCCGAACGGGAAUUAUCGUUCGAACAUACGACGUUGAUGAAAAAGACCGAAUGGGACAAAAGUGCGACGAUCGUAAACGAAACCAUCAACGUUCCACGACGGAGUAUGAAAGCCGUUGUCAUGUUAUUCACCGAAAAAACAUCGACCGAUUGCGAAGAAUAUAUAUUUCCGAACAUCGAAAAAGUGAAAGUAACGAUCGAAGGUGUUCCGAACGUUAUUUACAGUCAGGGUAUGACGAAAACACGAAUGUACGAAGAAGCCAAACGGCUUUUUGGUACCGAUACGAACAGUCAACAAUCCCUGGUAAAAUUCUACAAGGAUAAAAAAUUUGACUUGGUCAUCGACUUACGAACCGUAAACGAUAAAAAGACUUAUCGGAACGGUUUAAAAUUCAAAAUACCCAGUCGGGAAUUCUAG